AUGGCAUCAAGAAAGAGAGCGAGAACUGAGGACAUCCCUUCAUCAUCCAAUCCAUUUCCUUCGAUAGCAGCCAUGGAACCAGAUGCCCAACAAGCACAUUCUUUAAUUCCUAUGUUGCAAAGCUUAUUCAGGGGACAGUUGAUGAUCGUAUACAACCAGCAAGAGUUGGCUCACAACAGGCCAAUCAUAUCUAUGGAGCAGUUUCUGGAAAAAGUGGCAUGGCCUAAAGCUCAGCUCCCUCUGGAAAGAUCGCAUAAAGUUGUUCCUCCCAGGCUUGUACCAGCUAGAACUAUUGUUCCUCCCGAACCUGUACCAGCUAGGACUGAGCCGACAUCAGCUGAACCACAACCUCCUGUAGUAGAUCCACCUGCUUCUCCUGAACUUGAGACAUUGUCUCCUCCGGCACCACCUCUGAUAAUCAUCCCUGAUGACUCAUCUGAUGAAGCUGCUGCUCCUCCUGAUUCCCCAUCUUGCAUCAUAGACUAUGGUUCUGACUUUUCUGACUGGAUGGACUGUUGA